CUUAUACUACUUUUUACUACUAUGCCUUUGAAAGACAGUUGUUACUAAUUGUUUUUUCUCUCCACAGAUGGAGAAGGCAUUUGAGGUGACUAACAUGACCAGGGUCCAGCAAUUCAUCUUGCUGGGCUUGUCAACAAGGCUGGGGCUAAGGGACGUCCUGUUUGCUGUCUUCUUGACUCUCUACUUGCUGACACUCUUAGAGAAUACAUUGAUCAUCUACCUCAUCUGCAGUCACAACGAACUCCACAAGCCCAUGUACUUCUUCCUGGGAAACCUCAGCUGCCUGGAGAUGUGCUAUGUGUCAGUCACCAUGCCAACCCUGCUCGUGGGGCUGUGGAUGGGGCCUUACCGUAUUUCCUUCACACUCUGCAUGACCCAACUUUUCUUCUUCAUAGUCCUCAUCUGCACAGAGUGCACCCUCCUGGCCUCCAUGGCCUAUGACCGCUUUGUGGCCAUCUGUCACCCACUGCACUACCCAGUGCUCAUGCGGCCCCAGGUCUGCCUGGGCUUAGCUUUGUCUUCCUGGCUGGGUGGACUGGUGGUCUCAGUGGCCAAAACCACAUGCAUUGCCAGCCUGUCCUACUGUGGCCCCAAUGUCCUCAACCAAUUUUUCUGUGAUGUUUCCCCUCUGCUCAACCUGUCCUGCACCCACGUGGCCCUCACAGAGCUGGUGGACUUCAUCUCGGCCAUCGUCAUCUUCUGUGGAACACUCCUGGUGUCCUUGGCCUCCUAUACAGCCAUUGGGAUGACUGUGCUCCGUAUGCCGUCAGCCGCUGCCCGCCACAAAGCCUUCUCCACCUGUGCCUCCCACCUGGUGGUGGUCGGCAUCUUCUACUCCGCGGCUCUCUUCAUCUACUGCCGCCCCAGCCGCAUCAAGUCCAUGGACCUCAACAAAGUACUGUCUGUCAUCUACACGGUGGUCACACCCCUGUGUAACCCCAUCAUCUACUGUCUGAGGAACAGGGAGGUUCAUGCUGUGCUGCAGAAGACCCUCCACUGGCCUUGACCACCAUCUUCAUGCCCUGGUUUCUCACAUCCUGAAUCACACAUUCCUUGAGAGCUGGGGGAUGUAGCUCAGUGGUAGACAUCCA